AUGGACACAGAUAGCUUCUCAAAUUCCACCAGCAUUGUGAAUGACACUGAUGUCUUCGACAGAUACUGCAAACAGUUUGUGAGCUCUUUGGUUGUAGGUACCCUCAUUGCACCCUGUGCAUGUGUGGGUAUUCCUGCCAGCGUGUGGCUUCUGUGGGUGCUCAUUCAGCGGCAGCGCAGCGGCUUGUCCAACGACCUCUACAUGCUCAACCUCACCAUCAUAGACCUGAUCUACAACAUGUUCAAAUGCCCUUCCUUGAUGAAUUUCUUUUUCUGGCGGGACAACCUGCUUUGGGAAAUCCUCCUCUGCCUGGACGGGUUAAGCUUAAAUGGACGACCCCUGUUUAUGGCCUGCAUGUGUGCAGACUGCUACAUGGCUGUGGUUUACCCCAUUGUCUACAUGAAGCUGAAGCGCUCCAGGUACAGGACAGUCGUCUGUGCAUCCGUCUGGAUUCUGACGGUGGCUUUUAGCCUCUUGUUUCAGGAGUCUGGACUCCAAGUCCACCAGUUUACUGUCUGGGGGAUCCUACGGCUUCUAGCAAUCUCCAUCAUCGCCUUCUGUAACCUUGCCAUCCUCCGUGCUCUGCGAAAGCCGGAUCCGUCUGGAAGGAAUGACGUCCACCCACAGAAACAGAGAGCUCAGCAGAUCAUCAUCAACAGCUUUCUCAUGACCCUAGUGUCCUACCUCCCUCCACUGGUUGUGUAUUUUCUCUCAACCAUAAUACCCUUAGACAGACAGGAGAAGUGGUGUAAUGUGAUACUGCCUAGUUUAGUCCCCACCAUGCUCGGGAGCACAACCAUGCCCCUGCUCUACCUGGCCAAUCUGGGCAAGCUGAAGUAUCUGAGUGAGUGUGGAUGUAACAGAAGUGUGUGA